AUGUCGCAAUUACAACAUAACCUCGUCGUCCUCAUAUCCGGCAACGGAUCCAACCUUCAAGCCCUCAUUGACGCCUGCUUGUCGUCCGCACUCCCAAACACGCGCAUAACCCACGUUAUAUCAAAUCGCAAAGCCGCCUACGGUCUCGAACGCGCCGCCAAAGCCUCCAUACCCACCUCCUACCACAACCUCGUCCCCUUCAAGCGGAAACACCCCCAAACCGAGGAAGGCACCGCCGCUGCCCGCACCGAAUACGAUGCCUCGCUCGCAGACCUAAUAUUGAAACUCGAGCCACAACCCAGCGUUAUCGUCUGUGCGGGCUGGAUGCACAUUCUGACGCCCGACUUCCUCAACCCCAUCGCGGCUGCGGGAAUCAAAGUGAUAAACCUACAUCCUGCGCUGCCGGGGGAGUUUGCGGGUGCUGGAGCGAUUGAACGGGCGUGGGAGGCGGGAAGGAAGGAGGGAUUGAAGAGGACGGGAGUCAUGAUUCAUGAGGUCAUUGCGGAGGUGGAUGCAGGGGAGGCGAUCGUCACGAAGGAGGUGGAGUUGAGGGAUGGGGAGAGUUUGGAUGAUUUAGAAAACAGGAUACAUGAGGUUGAACAUGGGUUGAUUGUUGAGGGGACGAGGAUUACGCUUGAGAAGAUCAAGAAAUGA